ACAGACAUUUUUUUGUAUCUCCAGCAAAUGAAAACUAAAUAGGUAUCGAUAUUUUGGCAACUCUUUAGUGCAGUAUUUUUACUUUCGCUCAGAGUUGGCCACACAACUGAUUUGCAAGCAUUUUAUAAGAAAUAUACAACAAUUUGUUAGUUUUAUUCAUAAUUUUCUAUCUUAAAGCGACGCGAAAAUGAGUUCAACGCGCCCGUUUUGCUUUGUUUGCGGCAAGAUUAAGUCUGUGGGAGUGUUUCAGCUUAUUGAAGGCUGUAUAGUGCCAGGCACAUUCAAACCAAUUAAGGAUAUUUUAAAGUACUUUGAGAAGAUUAUAAACCAGCGCCUGGAGCUCACACCUAGCUCAGCUGCUUGUCGGGACUGCUUGGAGUAUCUUUUCAAUUACGACAGGCUGGUGCGGAACCUCAGUCAAGUUCAGCGCCAGAUUGCAGACGCGCUCCUAGGAUGCCGGCAAGGAGAAGACGCAGUCGAGUUCAAAUCAACGGGUAAGAAGCAGGUCACCAAGCCCAGGGUUCAAGUGCCGGCGUUCAAAAUACUGCACUCUACGCAAAAUAAAGAGACGGAGGCUUCACAGUCCUCGUCCGAAGUGCCGCAGCCCAUGAAAGAUGAGGAAGAAGAGGAUGAAGAGUUCAUGAAGGAGGAAAUGCUGGAUGAAGAUUUCCGGUUUAGCGAAGCAGAGGACAGCAUGCCCUCGUCUGAGGAGAUGUUCUUUGAGAACAUGGAUAUACCGUGCCACAUUUGCGGAGAGAUGUUCUCUAGCCAAGAGAUCCUGGAAAGGCACAUCAAGACUGACAACUGUCAGAAGGACGAGUUUACCACCUGCAACAUAUGCGGUCUAAAAGUCAAAGACGACGAGGUUCUAGACCUGCACAUGAAUCUCCACGAAGGUAAGACGGAGCUAGAGUGCCGCUACUGUGACAAGAAGUUCUCCCACAAGCGCAACGUGCUUCGUCACAUGGAAGUGCACUGGGACAAGAAGAAGUACCAAUGCGAUAAAUGCGGCGAGCGUUUCUCGCUCUCCUGGUUGAUGUACAACCACCUGAUGCGGCACGAUGCAGAAGAGAAUGCUCUGAUCUGCGAGGUGUGCCACCAGCAGUUUAAGACUAAGCGCACCUACAAGCAUCACUUGCGAACCCAUCAGGCCGAUCGACCGCGGUAUCCCUGUCCCGACUGCGAGAAGUCCUUUGUCGACAAGUACACACUUAAGGUGCACAAGCGCGUCCACCAGCCGGCAGUGAAGGAGGAAAAGACCGCGGCUGCAGCUCUAUAUUAAAUUAUAAUGUUUAGUUAUCUAUAAGCAGCUUAUCAUCUGUACGAAUAAGUACAUAAUCGUGCGUAUGUAUUAUAAAUUUAAAUAUCUAUUAUCGCCACGGAAUUACCACAUCCUCGACAUUUUAUUCUUCAAGUAUGCAGGUAAAAUCGUGAAUUUAAUCUGAAUUUUCCACAUUGAUUUACCUGGAUUUCGGUAAUAAAGUGACAGAUGUCUUUUUUCA